CGUGGUCACCUCGCCAACCUGGGAGGCAGGGAGCGGUCGCCCUGUGGGGUGCGCAGCGAGUGCCCGAAGGGGAAAGCGGCGGGGAGCUCCGCCAGCCACAGCCAGGGGAGGAGGCGGUGACUGAGGAUUCAGCCCCGCCCUCUAACCGCCACAGGCUGGGGAAGGUGGGGGCGGGGAGCUCGAGAUUUACCAUUGAAGCCCAAUAACGUCCCGGCGGCUGGCCGAGGCUGUCGGGAGCUGUAGUUCGAACGCCGAAGCCUCCCUCGCAGCCCGGAGAGGAAAUCGUCGAGUUGGGACUACAACUCCCACAAUGCCCCGGGCCCGGCAUUGUCCAGCCUGUGGCGCUGGGAGGCGGCACGAUGGCGGCAGUUACAGCAUUUCAGUUGGUCAAGAAAAAACCCAUGUUAACACUUAAAGAUGCUCCUGCUCUGUGGAAAGCCUCUAAAACUGACUCUGUAUGUGAUGAGGUGGAUGAUCAGAAUGAAGCAGAUUACAGUGAUCCACUUCUACAAAAGCUUGAACAGCUAAAAGAAAUACAACAGCAGAAACAAGAACAGCUGAAGAAGCAACAGAUGGAACAACUUCAAAGGCUUAUGGAAGAGCAAAAGAAACUACUUUUCCUGGUAUCUGGCCAUCAAGGACUCCCUAGAGAAAGCACUUGGUGUCCAAAACAAAAGAUGGAAAAGUCUGUUGGAGAUGAAGACAGUGAUGCUGAUCAUUUAUGUUCAAGAAAUAUAGAUUUGUCUGAAAGUCCCAAUGGAAGAAAAUGCUUACAAGCAGCUAACGUAGAGGAAAGGCCUAUUAAAGCUGGGAUUCAGGAGAGGAAACAGACAUUUGAAGAAUUCCUUGAAGAACAGAUACGAUUAGAAGACCAGCGCCUGAAGCAAAAAGAGGAGCAACAGGAAGUAGGAAGGUCAACCUUUCAGAAACUACUGACAAAACGACCCUUUCUGAAACGGGGAGAAGGCUUAACUAGGUUCGCUAAUGCCAAAUCUAAAGUAACUAAGUAUAAAGAAAGCAAACUGAUGACUCAGCAAAGUACUUUGGAGGAAAGAAAUGUUGUUAAAGUGGACAGACCACAAAUACAGCGGAAAACUGCACCUUUAAGCAAGGAACAGGUUUCUGAGAAUUUUGUUGUGCCCUUUAAAAAAUGUAACCGAGCAGCUAAAACAAAUGAUUCUGUCUUCCCUGUUCAGAAGGCCAUAGUACUCAAGAAUCAUAUUGGAAAAAAUAUAUCACCACCAACAGUGAGACUGCAGACUGAGAAGAAUCUUGAUGGGCAGUUCAGAGAUUCUUUCAGAUCAGAAAUCAACUGCAAAUUUGAAAAUAAAGAAAACAUAAUGGAGUUUGCUAGGCCAACUGACAAUUUUUCAGAUACAGAAAAGCCUCAGCUGUCCACAGAAUUUACCAAAACUUUUUCUCUUUCCAAAUGUUCUACAAGUCACCCUGUAAAAGAUCCAGAACUUUCUUUUGAACUUUCAUUCCAGAAUAAGUUGGAAAACUGGGAAAAAGAAAAGGAAAAAGAGAACAUAGAAUUAGAUGAAUUUUUGUUUCUAGAACAGGCUGCUGAUGAAGUAUCUUUCUCGAGUAAUUCCUCAUUUGUACAAAGGUUCCUGGAUCGAGAUCAGCAAAUUUCAAAAGGCCGUAGAAUGUCUUCUACCCCUGUCAAAGCAAUGCAGCAGCAGCAGAUGAAUACACUAGAUAUUAUAAAUAACAAAAAUAAAGAAGCAGAAAUUAUCUUACAAGGAAAUAAAAAUGACAGGGCAGUUACACAUACAGUCUUGGAUUUGAGGGCAUCUGUUAGACUAAGGGACCAAUUCAAUAAAACAGAUAGUAAAAUAUUUCAGACUUCUUCCACUGCAGCAUCUCCAACUUUAAAAAGCACUGAAUGGAAUGUAAAUGAAGAUAAGGAUGUUGGAAGCAGUGUCAUUACUACAAAGUCUGAGGAAGAACUUGAGACCACCUUAAAAUGUUUAGCAAAUGAAGAUGCUAAAAAGUUCAUUUUGAGCAUCAGAGAAGAUAAUCCAGCAUUCUGUGAUUGCACAGGACCUGUCAAAGACCUCAGCAAAGAAAGCAAAAGUAGGGAUGUUGAUCUUGACUUAUCAGACAAAGAUUAUAGUAGUGAUGAAUCCAGUUUGCUACCAAAUCAGAGUAAUAGCAAAGUGUCUGAGUCUCAAAGAAGUGUUUCAUGUACAAAUAGGGAUAAGGUUGAGUUUGAUGAUGAAAGAACAUGGACUGACCUUCAAGAAAAUGAAAUUCACCAUGAAGUACCCCAAAAUGAUACCAUUAAAAUACCUCCACAAACUGACUAUUACAAUAAAAGUGAAAUGGCUGCGCCAGAUAAAACAAUAAAGAGGAAGGUUGCUUCAAUAAAGAAGGGAGAUGAUUUGCCCAAACAGUGUGACACAGGUGGUGAUGCAAGUACACCUCCCACAUCAGACCUCAUGAUGAAACUCUUUCCUUCACUGAAACCUAAACAGAAGCCAGACUGUCAUGCAAGGCAUGAAACCAAAUCAAAUGUGGGACAAGAAGAACCAGGAGGAGACAUUGUUCGAUCCCGGGUACUAAGAGAGAAGCUUGUUGAAUUGGAAACAGAAAUUGAAAGAUUCAGAUCUGAAAAUGCAUCUCUAACAAAACUCCGUGAAGAACGAGAGAGCUCCUUAGAAAAUCUCAGGAAAGAAAUAGCAGACUUUGAACAGCAGAAAACAAAAGAAUUGGCUCAGAUAGAAGAAGUUAAAAAAGAAGAAAUGAGAAAACUCCAAAAAGACCGUAAAGUUUUUGAAAAAUAUUCCACAGCAGCUAGAGCGAUGCCAGAUAAAAAGGAGCGUGAUGAAAUUCGGGCUUUAAAACAGCAGCUUGCAGACUUGCAGGAAGACUUAAAGCGAAGAGAAGCAAAAUGGUCAACUACUCACGGUCGCCUUAGAAACCAGAUAGAAACCUUAACAAAGGAGAACACAGAGUUAAGGGAAGAGAUCAAAAUCAUGGAAAGAUUUCGUCUAGAAGUUUGGAAGAAAGCAGAAGCUACUGAAAGCAACAGGAAAGCUGAAAGUUCUGGAAUGAAUUUGAAGAGAGCAGAGUCUAUAAGUCCACCAACUAGAUUUCAAAAAAGCCAGUUUCUGUCUCCAGUUCCUCAAAUAGAAAAGAGUAGCAAGAUGAAUGGGAAAGGUUAUUCACAAGUAAAAGGAAAGCCUUCUAGAAGACCUAAAUCAGCACCUGUUAGUGAUGGGAAUAACUUUGACAAGACCGUGACAACACUAGAAGCUUCUUCUAGGACUUUUAUGAUAGACAUGUCUCCUAGUGAAACACGUGUGCCAUUAGAGCCCCCUACUCUUGUGUCUACAGGCAGUGAAGAAAUACAGGGAGAAAUUAACUAUCCUGAUGGAAAGGUUGAAAAGGUUUUAAAAAAUGGCUGUCGUCUUAUAUUUUUCCCUAAUGGAACACGGAAAGAAAUGAGUUCGGAUGGAAAGACCAUAACUGUAACAUUCUUUAAUGGGGAUGUGAAACAAGUUAUGCCUGAUCAAAGAGUGAUUUACUAUUAUGCAGAUGCCCAGACAACUCAUACUACGUACCCUGAUGGGUUAGAGGUCUUGCAUUUCUCAAAUGGGCAAAUAGAAAAGCAUUACCCUGACGGAAGGAAAGAAAUUACGUUUCCUGACCAAACUAUUAAGAAUUUAUUUAUGGAUGGGGGAGAGGAAAGCAUUUUUCCUGAUGGCACUAUUGUUCGUGUGCAGAGAGAUGGAAGCAAAACUAUAGAAUUUAACAAUGGUCAGAGAGAGCUGCAUACGCCACAAUUCAAGAGACGUGAAUAUCCAGAUGGCACUGUCAAGACUGUGUAUGCGAAUGGACACCAGGAAACAAAAUAUGUCUGUGGGAGAGUAAGAGUUAAGGACAAGGAUGGUAAUGUUAUAAUGGACACGAAACUAUAACAUGACUUAUGAAACUCUUGUAAGCACCUAUCACACCUAGCGAAAGUGUAGAAGUGUAUAUUUGUUAAAAAUCUUUACCCAAUGUAUAUAUUGUACAUAAUUUUGUUUGAUUGUCUAAAAUAAAUUUAU